UAGCUGACAACGUCCUGCACGCAGAGCAAGUGUCAUGAAACAAGUUUUGGAUGUUCUCCAGGACUCGACGAUUGCGUCGAAGGGCGGCAAGGACCAUCGCUCUCGUUUCUGGGGGGUGUACAAGAGAGUCGCAGAGGAACACGACGGCGAGUUCCUUGAGCGAUACACUAGUGAUAUGGACAUUGUCUUGGUCUUCUCUGGUCUUUUCUCCGCCGUCAGCACAUCUUUUAUCGUAGCGAUGGAGUCUAAUCUCAGUCCCGACCCCAACGACACCACGCAUGCUCUUCUCGCGCAGCUUGUACAGAUUGGGCUCGGCAACCUUGCUGAAGCGGGCUCUGUGCCCGCAUCUACGUGGUCGCCGUCGACAACGACUAUUUGGAUCCAAAUGAUCGCAUACGCAAGCUUGUCCAUGAGCUUGCUUGCUGCUUUCGGGGCCGUACUAGGCAAACAGUGGCUUGGGUACUACAAGUCGAACAGAUAUGGCCGCGGCUCGCAAGAGGAACGAGGAAAGCGCAGGCAAGAGACGUUCGACGGCGUCAUCACAUGGUAUUUUGACGCUGUCGUGCAAUCCUUUCCGGUCUUACUUCAGAUCUCCCUUCUUCUUUUUGGGAUUGCGCUUGGCGCCAAUAUGUGGACCGAGCAACCGAGCAUCGCCUGGGUCAUCAUUGCUACAACGGUCUUCGGAUUUCUGUUCUAUUCCCUGACCGUGAUGGCAUGUUUAAUAUCUCCCGCCUGUCCAUUUCAAACGCCAAUAUCGACGAUAUUGCGCAUGUUGCGCAUCGACAGAGUUUUACUCUUAAUAUUCACACCAGCCUCCAGGUGUUUCCAGCAGCUCACGACGUCGGCGCACGGUGAGCUACGUUUCUUUCGUGUCC